UAAAACAGCAUGUUGUUCACUUCCGGUUGAAUGAGAAUCAAAACAGUGCCAUGUGAUAGAUAAUGUAAAGUCGCUGUACACCUACAAGAAUUAAUUCACGAUGUCUGAAGACACUUUGUCUUUUCAUGAGAUGGGUCUUGAUGACAGGCUUCUUAAGGCAAUUUCCCAACUGGGUUGGUCUGAGCCAACACCAAUUCAGGAGAAAGCUAUCCCACUUGCGCUUGAUGGAAAAGAUAUAUUGGCACGGGCAAGAACAGGAUCAGGCAAGACGGCUGCAUUUUGUAUCCCAGUCAUACAGAAAAUACUAACAGCUAAACAGACAAGUAGCACAGAGCAAUGUGUCAAGGCAUUGGUCCUUACCCCUACCAAGGAGUUGUGUCAUCAAGCAUACAGAAAUUUAAUGGACCUCACAUCAAGCUGUUCCAGAGAAGUGAAAGUCCUUGACAUUUCACCCCAGGUGCCUCUUCCUACACAAAAGCCCAUGUUGAUGGAGAAACCAGACAUCAUUGUUGCCACGCCUACCCGAGCAUUGGCCCACAUCAAAGCGGGUAACCUUGACCUCAGACAGUCACUGGAGUUGCUGAUUAUUGACGAGGCUGACCUACUUUUCUCCUUUGGAUAUGAGGAUGAUGUUCGAGGAAUUCUUAGUAAUCUUCCAAAGAUAUACCAGGCCUUUCUGAUGUCGGCUACACUGAGUGAAGAUGUGCGGGCCCUGAAGAGAAUGGUGCUCCAUAAUGCAGUGAUUUUGAAACUUGAAGAAUCACAAUUACCUGAGGCAUCACAGCUGACUCAGUAUCACAUAAAGUGUGAAGAACAGGAUAAGUUUACAUUGGUGUAUGCUUUGAUGAAGUUAAACCUACUUCGUGGGAAGUCCAUCAUCUUUGUUAACGAGGUCAAUCGUUGUUAUAAGUUGAAGUUAUUUUUGGAACAGUUUGCAAUCCCAGCUUGUGUGUUAAACUCCGAACUCCCAGUCAAUUCAAGAUGCCAUAUAGUUAACCAGUUUAAUGAGGGUCUGUAUGACAUCAUCAUUGCUUCUGAUGAAAAUUUACUGAUGGAUCCAAAAACAAAACCAUUGGAUCCCGAGAAAAAGAAGGACAAAAAACGAAAGAAGAAAGACAAGGAGUAUGGUGUGUCUAGAGGAAUAGACUUUCAGAAUGUGUCCAAUGUAAUAAACUUUGACUUCCCUUGUGAUGUGGAUACAUACAUACACAGAGUUGGCAGGACAGCCCGUGGGGACAACCAAGGCAGUGCUCUGUCCUUCGUCAGUGUCAAGGACAUGGACUUGUUAGUGGAGGUGGAGAAGACGCUCUCAGAAUCAGGCACUGAGGAAGACAGUGUUUUUAAGCCAUACAACUUCAAAAUGGAUGAAAUAGAUGGAUUCAGAUACAGAGCUAAGGAUGCCAUGAGGAUGGUGACAAAAACAGCAAUACGAGAGGCUCGACUGAAGGAGAUCAAACAGGAAAUGUUGGCCUCCAACAAACUGAAAACAUACUUUGAGGACAAUCCACGAGAUCUACAGGUCUUGAGACACGACAAAAGUCUUCACACAGUGAAAGUACAGAAACAUCUCAAAAAUGUCCCCGAUUAUCUAGUUCCUCAGACUCUUAGACACAUGCGAGGUAUGUCAGACAAACCUUGCAAAUCAAAAGCAAGGCGGAAAAAUAUGGCACCCAAAGGACCCACAAAGGCGGAAAUUAAAUACAAGAAGAGGAAAGCAGAUCCCCUGAGAAGUUUUGAAUCAGCCGGACUGGUGGGAGGGGGGAAGAAGAAAAAGAAGUCAUAGUGUGUAAUGUGUACUGAUGAUAAUAAAUGUUGAUUUUGUUGACAUAACUAUUGA